CACCAGUUUGUCGCCUCGAUUCCGCGUUGUGUAGCUUACGAGAUCAUCAGGUUAAAUGGGAGUUCCCCCUCACGCUCUUGCUUAAAUCUUUCCCCUUUCUUCUUCUUCUUAUUCUCUCUUGGAAGAGAACUGAGAAGGAAAAAAUUUGAUAACCGAGCGUUUCUCAAGCAGAGAGCCCAUGGAGUCGAACGGAGCUAGCCCGUCAAUCGCUCUUCCUCUGCUCGCUCUCUCCUCAUUCUUCUUCGCUCUCGCAGUCUCCGACCCUCGAAUCACUGAAGCGGGCCUCUACUGCAACAACUCCACUGAGAUCGUCACCAGAAACGUCGCCCCCAACCUCGAAGCGGUCCUGACGGAGAUCUCCGAGAAUCUCACCAACCAGUACCAGUACUGGGGCAACUACUCCGUCACCUCAACGCUGCCAGGGGUGUACGGCCUUGCCCAGUGCCACAGCUACCCGAUCGAGACCGACUGCCUCAGCUGCUUCGCCGAGAGCCAGACUCGGAUCCGCCUCUGCUUCCCCAACUUCGGCCGACUCUACCUCGACGGCUGCUUCCUCCGUUACGACGGCUACGACUUCUACAACGAGACCGUGGAUCCGACGCACGACAUGCUCAACUGUGGCUCCAAUUCGACGGUCCCGGUCCUGGUGUGGGGAGGGGCCUUGUUCUGGGAUAGGGUGGACCGGGUGCUGAGGAAUGUCUUGGCCAGCGCGUUGCAGAACGGGGGCUUUGCAGUGGCCUGGGAGUACGGAGACGAAGGAGUCGCCGGGGUAUAUGCUUUGGCACAGUGUUGGAGCACGCUCGAUGCCGGCGGUUGCAGAGUCUGUCUGGAGAAUGCGGCAUCGAAGGCGAGAAACUGCACGCCCGCAGGAGAAGCGCGGGCCAUGAAUGCGGGAUGCUUCCUCCGUUAUUCCACCGCAAAGUUCUACGAUGUCCCCCAAAGCGGAGGCCUCUACUGCAACAACUCCACUGAGAUCGUCACCAGAAACGUCCUCCCCAACUUCAGGGCGGUCAUGAGGGAGAUCUCCGAGAGUGUCGCCGACCAGCACAGGGGCAACUACUCCGUCACCUCGCCGCUACCAGGGAUUUAUGGCCUUGCCCAGUGCCACGGCGACCUGAGCGAGACCGACUGCCGCCGCUGCUUCGCCGAGAGCCGGACCCAGAUCCCCCUCUGCCUCCCCAACUUCGGCCGACUCUAUCUCGAUGGCUGCUUCCUCCGUUACGACGGCUACAACUUCUACAACGAGACUGUGGAUCCGACGCACGACAUGCUCAACUGUAGCUCCAAUUCGACGGUCCUGGUGUGGAGAGCGGCCGAGUUCAGAAGUAGGUUGGACCGGGUGCUGAGGAAUGUCUUGGCCAGCACGUUGCAGAACGGGGGCUUUGCAGUGGCCGGGGAGGAUGGAGCCGAAGGAGCCACCGGGGUAUAUGCUUUGGCACAGUGUUGGAGCACGCUCGAUGCCGGCGGCUGCAGAGUCUGUCUGGAGAAUGCGGCAUGGAACGCGAGAAACUGCACGGGAGGAGAAGCGCGGGCCAUGAAUGCGGGAUGCUUCCUCCGUUAUUCCACCACAAAGUUCUACAAUGUCCCCGUUAGCGGAGGUAACGACUAGUCUCCUGAUCACUGGUUUGCGGACUUAAAAGAUGCAAUAGCCUCAUCGGCUGUAGCAAUUUCACUUGUUCUCAUCAGUGCAUACAUUGGAUAUAAAAAGUACUCCAAGAAGAAACGAGUGCAAAAUAGCCUCAUGCAAUUACGGGCGAGCAUGAGCAAGUUUAGGUUAUAUUUCAAGUAUGAGACACUGGAGAAGGCCACCAACUUCUUUGAUGACUCAAGGAAGCUGGGGCAAGGGAGUGGCGGUUCCGUGUACAAGGGGAUAUUACCCAACAAGAAGGUCGUUGCAGUUAAGCGGUUGGUGAUCAACACACAACAAUGGGCGGAUGACCUCUUCAACGAGGUGAACCUGAUCAGUGGGAUCCAACACAAGAACCUCGUUAGGCUUUUAGGAUGCAGCAUCGAAGGCCCGGAGAGCCUCCUCGUCUACGAAUAUCUUUCUAACAAAAGUCUUGAUCAAGUUCUUUUAGUCGACAAUGCGACCCACGUCCUCACUUGGGAGGAGAGGCUGCACAUCAUCACAGGAACAGCUGAAGGCCUCACAUAUCUUCAUGGAGGUUGUGGAAUGAAAAUCAUUCAUCGGGACAUAAAAGCCAGCAACAUUCUCCUCGAUGAGAAUCUCACGGCAAAAAUUGCAGAUUUUGGGCUUGCCCGAUGCAUUGCUCUAGAUAAGUCUCAUCUUAGCACAGGAAUCGCUGGCACAAUCGGUUACAUGGCGCCUGAAUAUCUCGUGAGGGGACAGCUGACGGAGAAAGCCGAUGUUUAUGCUUUUGGGGUGCUGGUUCUUGAAAUCUUGACUGGUCGAAAGAAUAGCAUAUACACACAGGGGUCGAGCUCAGUUUUACAGUCGGUAUGGAAGCAUUACAAGUCGAAUAAUUUAGCUGAAUGCAAUGAUCCGGCCUUACAAGGUAAAUUCCCUAUCCUGGAGGCGUCGAAUGUGCUCCAAAUCGGCCUUCUGUGCACUCAAGCCUCCAUGGAAUUGCGACCACCCAUGUCUGGAGUUGUCGAGAUGCUCCACGACAAAGACCGAGUAGUCCCCCAACCAAACCAACCCCCGUUCCUCAACGCUAGCGAGUUGUUUGACAAAUCCAGCAGCAGAAGCUCUACAUGCACACAUGGUUGUUGA